GUUACCGCCACCUCACCACCACCACCACCUGAUUCUGAGUCUUGUUUCCUCGUCGACGACCGGCACGCUGUCGUUAAGAGGAAAGAGGACUCCCCAAAAAUUUAAUUUCAUGAAUGAAAAAUAUUGAGUUUUUCCUAAACGUUGUUGCAAAGAAAUCUAGGGUAAUCAGGUGUGAUGGAAAACGACGAAGAUCAAGAAAAUGAGAAUGGUAUUCCCAAAGGAAUCAAACUUCAUAAAGAACUUCUUCACGAGCAAGAUUGCUCUAACAAUAAGCCAACAGAAAUUGAUGAUUUUAUCGUCUUGAAACCAAUCAGCAGAGGAGCCUUUGGGAAAGUUUUCCUUGGCUACAAGAAAACUAACCCUGACAAGUACUUUGCCAUAAAAGUGAUGAAAAAAUCUGAAAUGAUUCAUAAGAAUAUGGUCAGUCAAGUGAUAACCGAACGAAAUGCUUUGGCCCUGUCUCAAAGUCCUAUGUGUGUCCGCCUCUUUUACUCGCUUCAAACGAAGAGCUCAAUUUAUUUGGUAAUGGAAUACAUGGUUGGCGGAGAUUUGAAAUCCCUGCUGAGUGUUUAUGGCUAUUUUGACGAAGCCAUGGCCGUGUUCUACUGCGCUGAGAUCGCUUUAGCCCUGCAGUAUCUCCACAGUCACGGAAUCAUUCACCGCGACUUGAAGCCUGACAACAUUUUGCUUUCCGACAAGGGACACAUCAAACUCACUGACUUUGGACUGAGCCAGAUAAGCCUGGACCACAAAGAGCUCCAAUUAUCUGAUCUGCUUAACACUCCUGCAAAUGAAUUCGGAAGAACACCUGGUCAAUUGCAGUCUCUCACGACUCACCUAUCAUUUGGAUCUGGACCUAACUCUGAAGUCGGCUCUCCUUCUAGCGAUAAGGAUGUCGGUGGUAUAAAGCCCUACACCUUGGAAGAUGCUUUGGAACGCUGUGUCAAUGCUGGUAAUGAAAAUCUGAAUAGAACUUCACCAGACCUGAACACAUCCAGAGAUUCUGAGGGCGACAAGUCUUCUCUGUCAGGAGUGGCACAUUUUCUUACUCCGGAGAGAGACAUGAUUUUAGUAACCUCUCCACCGAAACAGGAUUCAAGCAAGAACAGCAACGCUUCAUCUAACUCGUACUAUUCUUGCGAGAGCAGUUUGAAUAGCGGGAAGAGUGACUCUACCCUCAGCGACUGCUCUCACGUAACUCUGCAGGCGUUCACCCCCAGUUCGAUGGAGAUCUCUGGAGAUUCUGCCAGAGUUAGCCUCAAGCGGAAAUUCAACCAACAUACUGGAAUGACCCAAGAAUUCAAUGGCUUGGAUAUUUCCCAUGCUCGGAACAAGAUGCUGAGAAAAAAUAUGAGCCCUGAAAACACAAGCACACCAACGCAAGAUCUAUGCUGCACUCCGAAAACGACUCAACGGCGAACCUCGCGAAGAAGGAGCACUGUCAGCAAAAUUGAAACAAGCCCUACAAGCUUUAACUUUAAAAAACUGACCCGAUUCGAACUCCCGGAGCCUUCUCCAAUAUUAGCAAGCCCGCCUGAACGAAAAAUGAGCAAGGACGCCUCCACUACCACCCCAUUAAAGGCGGUCACCACCCCGUUCAGAACGCCCAAAACGGUUCGCCGCGCCAAAAAUCAAAGCUGGAUCAGUGAUCAGAGGAUCCUUGGUACUCCUGACUAUUUAGCACCUGAGCUACUGUGCCGCCAUAAGCAUGGCCCAGCCGUCGAUUGGUGGGCUUUGGGCGUGUGUUUGUACGAGUUUGUCACAGGAAUCCCUCCGUUUACCGAUGAAACUCCUGAGGCUGUUUUCAACAAUAUCCUCCAUAGAAAUCUUGAAUGGCCAGAAGGCGAUGAGGCAGUUUCGCAAGAGAUGCACAACGCCAUCGACCAACUCUUGACUGUCGAUCCUGAGAAGCGUCCAGGAAUCAAUGAGGUCAAGGAGAUGAAACUCUUUUCGAGCAUCCCAUGGGACGGGCUGCUCGAUGUUGAAGCGCCAUUUGUGCCCGAGCCCACCAGCAGCACUGAUACCGCUUACUUUGAAGCUCGGAACACACUGCAGCACUGGACUAUCUCAAACUGUGAGUUAAGCAAAUUAGUGCCAUGAUUUGUGACUGCCAGCAAGCAAUCAAUCAAUAUCCAACAAAAUUUACCGAUACUGUGAUGUAAUCAUGCAGAUUACAAUAAGGUGACUUUUAAUCUUAAUUUAAACCGAUUUCAACAAGAUUUUAAACUUGCUUUAGGAUAGAUAAAUUAGUAUUAAUAUAAAACUUUGGAUGCAAAAUGUAUUUUUGUAAUUACAAAUACUCAUGCCAGUA